CGAACCGAAGGGUACGAAGCUUAAUGCUUAAGGGGAACUAAGCCUGGUCUUUACGCAAUUAUGCAAAUUCAACACAGGGAGCUAAAGCGCUGAAUAUGCCUCGUUCUGGUUUUUAAGAUCAAACAAGCAAGUACAAUUUAUCAAGAAUCAAGUUUUGGAUAACUGGACACCACCUUUGCUUUUCCAAUCAAAAGACACUGCCUUCAAUUUGAGAAAAAUGUUUGAGGAGCAGAAUCAACAAUAAUACACAGAGGCACCUUAAUCGCAGCCUCUGUUCCUUCAAUUCAUAGACACGAUUAUUUGGUAGUUACUCUCUUCGGGUUUUGGUGGAACACAAUGCCUCGAUACAAAGAUGAACCUACUGCAAUUCGCGUUUACACAGUCUGCGAUGAAUCAAGGUAUUUGAUUGUGAAGAAUGUUCCAGCUUUGGGAUGCGGUGCUGAGCUGUUAAAAUUGUUUGCGUCCUACGGAGAAGUAGAAGAGUGUAAACCAAUGGAUGAAGAAGAUUGUGAGCCAUUCACUGAUGUUUAUUGGAUAAAGUUUCAUCUGGUCAGCAAUGCCAGGUUUGCAAAGAGGAAAUUGGAUGAGUAUGUUUUCCUAGGGAAUCGACUUAAGGUUUCAUAUGCUCCUGAAUUUGAGAGCCUUGCCGAAACAAAGGACAAGCUGGAAGGCAGGACAAGAGAAGUUCUAGGGCGAUUGAACCCUGGAAGAUCUAAGGGGUCUACAGCUAAUAAGUCACCUGCCUUGACUGACUCUUCUUUUGGUGCAAUUCCUUCUCAUCCUAACUACAUUCCCCAACUUGUAAACUCUAGUGGGAGGGACUCCGGAGAAUCACAACUUACUUCGCACGUUAACAAUCCUCCCCUUUCAAGGAUUUCCUCUGACAAGGAGUAUUUUGCUUCCCAAUCAAUGAAUCAGACCGUCCAGAUGGUGAGGGAGAAGCUCAAUAAGAUUCAAUCAAGUAGUGAGCACCUGCAAGAUGGACAUGCAUCCAAGAAACCGCGGGUGGACAAUAGGAGGAGAAUCUGAAGAUUUUUAUUCAGAGAUGAAGCAAUCCUGGCGGGUCUAGAAGUUAUAUUUUGGGUCUCACUCCGGCUGUAAUUAAAUUUUUGAGAAAUUUUUCUGAAGGACGGUCAUACCAUGGAAUCAUACUGGCGUGGUACGACCCUCCACGCAAAGAAUGCCAUGUAUUUGUAAGACAGACCCACACAAGUUCUCUUGAUUUACAUGAAUACAGCGUUAAUUGCCAUGUAAA